AGUUACAAACAAAAUGUGUAACCACGUACGCUAACAAAACUAGUAUUAUUUAAACUUAUGAUAAAGAAAACAAUAAAAAAAUUUUAAUUUCUUAAAAAAUUUUCCUGCUAUUUUUCUAAUUUGGUUAAAUAGUAAUAAAAUAAUAGUAAUCAAAUUGCGAAUAAUUCCAUAGUAUAUAGUAAUAUAAUAAUAUAACCAACAGUUCAUAAAAGAUGACAGACGAAAUAUUAAUAAAUAUUCUAACUUUAAAUUGCUGGGGAAUACCAUAUGUUUCACCAAAUAGAAGUGCUCGUAUGACAGCAAUUGCAGAUAAAUUUGCUACUGAAAAUUAUGAUAUUAUUUGUUUACAAGAGAUAUGGUCAAUUAAUGAUUUUAAAAUGAUAAAAGCUAAAACACAAGAACAAUUACCUUAUUCGCAUUAUUUUUAUAGUGGAGUUAUUGGAUCUGGACUUUGUAUUUUAUCUAAAUUUCCUAUUAAAGAUGUAAUAUUUCAUAAAUGGCCUUUAAAUGGAUAUGUACACAAAAUACAUCAUGGAGAUUGGUUUGGUGGGAAAGGUGUCGGACUCUGUAAACUUCAAAUUCAUAAUUGGAAUGUUAAUGUCUAUAUUGCACAUUUACAUGCAGAAUACAAUAGACACAAUGAUGAAUAUAUAGCACAUAGAGUUUUACAAGCUUUUGAUACUGCCCAAUUUAUUAGAAUGACUUCUGGUGGUGCUGAUUCUACAAUUUUGGGAGGUGAUCUUAAUACAGAACCUCAAGAUUUAGUCUAUAGAAUUAUUUGUGGUGUUGCUGGUUUAACAGAUGCUUGCUCAAAUAGUUCAAGUAAUUUAGGAACCAAUGAAUGUGCCAAUAAUAGUUAUACUAAUACAAAACAUGCAAAUACUUUUCCUGAUGGAAAACGUAUAGAUCAUAUUUUAUAUCAGGGUACAAAAAAUGUUAAGAUAGAAAUAAUUAAUUUUCAACAUCCUUUUCCAAAUCGGAUACCUUAUAAAAACUUUAGUUAUUCUGAUCAUGAAGCUAUUAUGGCAACUUUUAAAUUUAGUAUUGGAGAAUCUAAAAUUAUAAAUAUAGAUAUUAAAGAUUCACUAAAAGAAGCUAUUAAUAUAUGUGAAACAUCAUUAAAAAAUGUUCGUCGUCAGCGAUUUUGGUAUUUGUUAUUGGGAUGUAUAUUAAUUAUACCACUUAUUUGGUCUAUAGGAUUGGAUUGUUCUUUUACAUCCCUCGAUGUAAUUAUUGGACUUAAUAUAGGACGUAUCUUUCUAACAGCAAUAUUGUGUUAUACUUUGUUCAUGAGUUCUAUAUGGAAUAGUGUAGAAAAGAAUGCUUUAAAAGCAGCAUGUUUAGGAAUGGAAAUUUGUUUAAGAAAUUUAAAUAAUAAUUUAUCUAAAAAGUAAAAUUGUGUACACUUUGCAAAGUAUAUAAUUGAAAAUUUAAACUUCCUUUUUAAACUAUUCCUCAAUUAUUCAGUUGAAAAAUCAAACAAUAUCAUCUCUAAUAAAAAUAUAUUUUCUUACACAAUAAAUUUUAGCAUUUAUUACAUUCUGUUAUGUUAAUAUUUAUAUAUUAGUAUAUUAUUAUACAUUACAUUUUAUAUAUUAUACUAAUAUUCUUCUGUUAUUAUAAGACAAUAAUUAAAAAUCUUUUUUAUAAACAAUUAUAUAUAAAUA